AUGAAUCACCUCCAUAACUACUCUAAUUCAUCGUUCAAUCAAUCCUCUCCAAUGGCUCAAUACCGAUCUGCCGCCCCUCUCCCCCAGGGCUUCUCAGUCUACCAGCCUCAACUCGGCGCUCAGCUGCAGUUCUUCCCUGCUCUCGGCUCGCAGGAACUCGAUGACAUGAUCAACGCCUACGUUCCUGGAUCUGCUGCUCUCAAGGAAAAGCGGGCAACCGUCUCGCUCGACUUUUUGGAGCACACACAGCUUACGGGCCAGACAUUCAAGUUCUACCCCGUCUACUCAUCCAGCCCCGUCGCUGCCUCUCCAGCCAUUUCCACAUCUUCCUUUAGCAACACAUCUCCCGUCAACUCAACGUGGGACUGGAGUCAAGCCUCCGCAUCUCCCGCAGUGUCUUCUCGAUCUUCCAGUUCCAAGAGCCGCAAGGCCUCUCAGUACUCUACGCCUGAUCUUUCACACCUCCCUGGCAUGAAGAUCAUGACCAAGGACGGCCAGGAUGUCACAGAUUCUGCCUCUCGAGGAUCAAAGACAAAGGAGCAGCGCGAUCACGCACACCUGAUGCGCAUCAUAAAGGCCUGCGAUAGCUGCAAAAGAAAGAAGAUUCGAUGCGACCCCAGCCACAAGAAGCGAACAGUCGCUCAGCCUCAAUCUGCCGCAAAGCAAGCAAAGAAGGCACGCACAGCAGCAGCAGCGGCUGUCGCAGCAGUGGCAGCGGCACCACCGCAGAAAUCAACUUCUGCAGUGGCUUUAGCUAGAGGGCAACACGACAAUCCAGACAUACCAAUGUCCAUGUUUGGCAUCGAUCCAACCUUUACAUUUGCUGGCUUAGACAGCGUCGAGUCCCAGACAUACGAAUCAUGGGAAGAGUUUAUCCAAUACCCCGUGGACAUCGCCGAUGAGAAUUACGACUUCUUCCUUGAUCCCGAAGGCUACCUCUCCUCCCAGUCUUCCGCUUCCUCUUCUUCUGCGUCGCCCCCCAAGGCCUUUACGCCAGCGUCACAGCAAGAUCUGCAAGUGUCAUUUGGCUUGGAGGAACGCGAGGGAUUCUCAUCCGAGUCGACAUCACCAGAGCUACCAUUCCUGCAAGACAACCACACUGGCGUCAAUAACUACACCGACUUCAGCCUAUUCUCGCCCUCAUCAAGCUUCUCUGAGGAUGACCGCAUGCUUUCGAUUUCGUCUUCGCGCACUCUGAGCCCGACCCAGCCUUCUGCAUCAGAAUCUGAUUCAUUCGUCUAUGGCGGCUUCGAUGUUGAUGGCCAAGGCCUUGCAGCUGGCGGUAGCGGUUCGAGCGAGCUGGUCUCUCCCGCCGGGGAGACUGGCUUAGUCGCGGCCGCCGACACGAGCUUGCCGUGGUAUGAUCCGGGCUCCGGCCCGAGUGACUCUCGUGCACAAGACUCGCGAGCCGGCAUAAGUAUAACACGGCCCGCAGGAUGGGUAGGUGAUGUGCGCAUAGCGUACUCGCCGGGUGGCUCGGUACUUGUUACGGCAUCAUCCGCAAGCGGUACAGAAGUAAUUGCGAACCAUGCAAUUGCGAAUAGCGCACCACUUGCUCAACUAGAUACUUCUCGAUCUGGAUCAAUUGCAAUUGCUAUUACUGGAAGGGAUACAUCAGCCGAAAUUACUACGAGCCAAGCGACAAGCACUGCACUGCAGUUCGGCGGCGAACCUCAAGAUGAGCUCAAAUCAUACGGCCAUUCGCCAACUGAGCGUGGCAGACUCCGAAGUGAAACACCAGUUGGUGAUUCAGCUAGGUUGUUUGGCCAACAAGCCGUCUUCCGAACCGAAACCUCGAGCGCCCAAGCAAACGCCUCGCCCUCUGCGCUGGCGACCGCCGCGAACCAUUCAGUCCAGCUUUCGACGGGCUCGGUAGAGUCCUCCUCGAUGGCCCAGACCGAGAAUUUCGUUGUCGACAGCGGCAUCAACCCCGAGGGUCCCCCCGGCGGCUUACAGCUAUUAUAUGGCACCACGCCCGAUGCUCUUCUGCUUGGCUCGGCCGCAUUUGCGAACGCCAGCGAGGAUGCUACGACGGAGAGCCCACAAGCUUCGUUCGCCACUAUUCUUGGAGAGUCACGCAUACUUGCUACAGAAGCCAAUGGCAGUGCGAGUGGCCUAGCUGCUCAGCAGAGCGGCGAAGCCCAGAGCCAGCAGCAAGCAGCAGCAUCUGUUGCCGAGGACGGCAUCCGACCAGCCUCGCUGUUGCUCCUCCAGACGUCGCCCAAGCGCUAUGCUGCAAGCGACGAUGGUGCCGACUUUGGCACAGAGAGGAGCUUCAACAGGUGGAUCGGUGUUCAAGCGCUGGCACAAGCCACGCUGGUCAUUCUGAUUGGCAUACUGACUGCAACGAUGCUGGCCGGCCUCACGGGAUCCUCAGCAGCGUUCUGCUUGGCCUCUCUGGCGCCCGCCAUGGGAGCUUGCCUCCAACGCUUUGCGGUUCUCGACAGCAACUCCAAGCCUGUUGGAACGAUGCCAUCGGCAACGCUUUAUUGCAAUUUCCCAUCAAUAUCUGGGGUAAUGAAGUUCGAACCUACCCUUCCAGAUAUCGAAGAAGAGUCUAAGGUCCUCCCACUUGAUCUUGAAGAGUCAGAGGAGAGACUUUUUGUUGCCAUCCUGCUCCUGUCUGUGCUUGAACUUUCACACCUCAACGAGAAGAAGUCAUCUUGA